AUAAAAGAGACGCCACAUAGAAUUGGAAUCCUGUGAGGCAGCAUCACUCAUUUGGAGCAAUGGCUGGAAUAUCAUCUGGAAAUAUCUGGAUUGAUACAUUUUAUAGCCUGCAGAAGAAAGAUUUAGAAGAAAUAUAUAGAAAAAGGUGGAUUCUGCAGUUCAGCUACAGUCUAGAGGACAAUUUAACUGAAGAACAGAAAAAGAAAGGGUGGAAGAUUUCACAAACCACAAAGUUUGCCUGUUUCACCUGCUCGAAAUGUUCUCAUUUUUGGAACUCCAGUCGAGUUUCACUUAUCUUUCACUACUCUCUUGGAAAAACCAAGACAGGCACAGUCCUUCUACGCCCCUUUGGGCAGAUGUGUCGGCAAUGCGACUAUGACAACUUUAUCAAUCCCAAAUUUAAGGAGGAAAAUGUCAAAGUAAUCCUGGAAAAUCUCAUUUUAAAAAUCAGGAAAAACUGUUAUAGGGAGAAGAUUGACAGUGAUAUCCAAGAUAGAAAGUAUCCUAAAAUAAGGACCAAACCUCACGAGAAGGAUCUGUGUGAAGAUUGUAUUGAAGGUGUAUGUAACAAAGACAAUGAUGUUUUAUAAAUGUAGAUAUCAUUACUUCCAGCGAUACAACCUGCAAAUCACUGGCACCAUUUUGAUCAUGUCUAUAAUUACCGUAUAUACUCGAGUAUAAGCCGACCCGAAUAUAAGCCGAGGCCCCUAAUUUCACCCCAAAAACCCUGGAAAAGUUAUUGACUCGACUAUAAGCCUAGGGUGGGAAAUACAUCAUCCCCCCAUGUCAUCAUCCAGACCCCUGUCAUUAACAACCCCGUCAUCAUCACCCUGUCACCAUUCCCCCUUCAUCAUCACCCCGUCA